AUAUCAAACAACGUCUUAUUGGAAGUUUAGACCAGUAGUAUCUAAUAAUAAUAAGACGUUCGGCUCUGAUAACUACGACGCCUGUUGAAAAAAAAUUCAAAAGUAAAUUCAUGCGGGUAGUUUUUUAGGUUCAAAGUGGACAAUAUCAUACUCAUCGGAUAAUAGAGAGUUAGACAUGGGCUCAAAAAGUUCCAACAUUCCUUGUGUGUGUUUUAGUGCCAGAAGUAGAGAUGAAAAAAAAAGAAUCCAAAAAUUAAAACACCCUCGAAAAAAUGACUAUUAUAUAUUUACCUUAUAAUAAAAUUUCAUUUGGUCAUUUUUUUGUAGGUUAUUUUAGUGAAAAGAAACUAAAAAUGACUAUUAUAUGAAAUUUCUCUUUUUUUUUUAAUAUACAUAUAUAUAUCUUUGGUAUUAGUGUUAGAAAUAAAAUUAUCCAUGAAUAAUACCACUAGUUAACAGCGGGACACUUGCUUCUUGCCUCUGCCUUCCGGGUUCCAGGUCAAGCGAUUCCUCUUACAUAAGGAUAAAAUGAAAAUCUUUCUUAAACUAAGAGAAAAGCAAAUAUAUAUUAUCUAAGUAAUGAAUUUUUCCCAAGGAUUUCCACUCUGGUUUUGGUUGGAUCUACUCGGUGACAUAUUGAAAGAGAGAUUUUUUUAUGGAUAUUGGUUUGAUGGUCGAAUUAGGGUUUAUGGAUGGUUGGGUUGAAGAGAUUUGAUAGAUUGAAACACUGAGGGUUGCGGAAAAAACCUCAGAUUUCUCACUCUCUCACUCUGGUUUUGAGACACCAGUCAGAUUGAGAGCUUGUUGAUUGUUUUAGGUUCACACACUUCACAAUCAAGUUGUUGAGAAAACAAAUGAAUCACCAAAGAAGAAAAGAGUUUUUGAUAAAAAAAAUGAUGAUUAAGUUCAGAUCUGAAAAAAAAAAUUAAAGGAAAGACAAGUCAAAUUUGUGCAUGAACACCUAGGGAACAUAAAAAGUCGUGCAUGAAUACCGAGGAAAAAAAGAGUGGUUUAGGUGGUGGGUUUCCAAAAUGCCCACUUUGAAGCUGUCGAAAUCCCUAUAGCUCUGAAGUGUUUAAGGAGGCUUUCUAAAGUUCCCACUUUGAAACCGUAGGUAGAAAAGUAGAGAAUUGAUUUGAUACUUCUAAGAGACCGAAAAGUGAUUGUAGGCGGUUGAGCUAGUGUUUGCUCGGCCCAGUAGCUGAUCCUCCAUAUCUAUGUUCUGAAUAAUGCACGCCAUCUCCUGAAUAAGCUUCUUGGACUUGGAUCUUCUAAUAGGUCCAACCGAGAUUGCAAAUGGAUCCUUCUUCUGGUUAUCUUCACUUUGAGGCGAGAGAAACACAUCUUUUGUUUGGUUCUGGUCAAUAUCAUCUUCUUCAUAAUCACUUGACAGUUGCAUCCAUUCAGGCUCAUCAGGUUCCUCUAGGGUUGGUUCAUCCUGGAUUGCAUCAUCCUCUCCUCCUUUGAAAGGAUUUGUCCUCAAAUCCAAGUGAUCGACAUGAAAAAGAGCCAAGUCAGAUACAUUGAAAGAUGAACUCACAGUAUACUUACCUUGAAGAUCAAUCUUGUAGGAAUUGGUGUUGAUUCUUUCAAUUACUUUGAAUGGACCAUCUCUUCUUUUCAUCAGUUUGGAUUUUCUUUCAUUUGGAAAUCUAUCUUUCCUGAGGUGUAUCCAGACCAAAUCUCUCCAGGGUUAAAGAUCAGCUCACGCCUCCCUUUGUUGGCUUACUUCUCAUACUACUUUGUUGUUGCUUCAAUGUAUUUCUUGACAUGUUUAUGCAAAGACACAACAAAUUCGGCAUUCUGCUUACCAUCAAGGUUAGUUUGUUCUUUCAAGGGUAGAGACAACAUAUCCAAAGAAGUCAAUGGACUAAAUCCAUAAACAAUCUGGAAUGAAGAAAACUUAGUAGCCCUAUGAACUGAAUUGUUGUAUGCAAAUUGAAAAUGAGGCAAACAAUAUUCCCAAGUUUUAAGAUUCUUUUUAAUGAUUGCACGCAAGAGAGUAGACAGAGAUUUGUUAACUACUGUCCAUCAGUCUGAGGAUGACAAGUAGUAGAAAACAACAAUUUGGUUCCAAGUUUAGCUCACAAUGUUUUCUAGAAAUGACUCAAGAACUUAGUAUCUCUAUCAGUCACAAUGUACCUAGGAAUUCCAUGCAAUCUAACCACAUCUCUAAAAAACAAAUCAGCAAUCAAAGAAGCGUCAUCAGUUUUGUGACAUGGAAUGAAAUGAGCCAUCUUAGAAAAUCUAUCAGCCACAACAAAGAUGGAAUCUCUUCCCUUCCUAGUUCUAGGCAAUCGAAGAAAAAAUACAUUGAGAUAUCUACCCAUGGUUCAGACGGAAUAGGCAGAGGCAUAUACAUACCUUUGGUUUGGUUUGUUGCUUUGGCUUGUUGCUUUGGCUUGUUUGCAAGUAACACACUGAUUACAAAGCUUCUCCACAUCUUUUCUCAUUCUCGGCCAGUAGAAGUGAUGCUGCAAACUCUUCAAAGUUUUGUCAAUGCCGAAGUGACCCAUCAAUGCUCCUACAUGUGCUUCUCUGACAAAGAGAUCUCUCAAAGAACAGUUAGGAACACACAGUUUUGAUUCAUAAAACAGAAAGCCAUCAUUUUUGAAAUGUUUUUCUACAGCAACCUCAUCACACUUAACAUAAACUUCAUUGAAAUCAUUAUCAGUUGCAUAGUAGGACUUAAUAUGUUCAAAACCGAGGAGUUGAGUUUCCAAAGUAGAGAGAAGAGUGUACCUCUGAGAAAGGGCAUCAGCAACCACGUUCUCCUUACCUUGUUUGUACUGAAUGACAUAAGAAAAUGUUUCCAGAAACUCCACCCAUUUGGCAUGUCUUUUGUUAAGCUUUUGUUGACCCUUCAAAUGUUUCAAGGACUCAUGAUCAGUGUGAAUGACAAACUCCUUUGGCCAGAGAUAGUGUUGCAAAGUCUGGAGUGCUCGGAUCAAGACAUAGAGUUUUUUGUCAUAGGUUGGAUAGUUCAGAGUUGCACCUCCAAGUUUUUCACUGAAAUAAGCAAUGGGUUUCUUCUCUUGCACCAUAACUGCUUGAAUACCUACACCAGAAGCAUCACACUCUAUUUCAAAAGUUUUUACAAAAUCAGGAAGCAUAAGUAGUGGUGCAUUAGUCAACUUCCCUUUCAGCAGAUUGAAAGUCUCUUCUUGGCUGGACCCCAAGUGAAUCCCACAGUUUUUUUUAUCACUUCAGUGAGAGGUGCAUCAGUGGUUCUAAAGGCCUUCACAAACCUCCUAUAGAAUCCAGCUAAACCAUGAAAGCUUCUUACUUCUCCCACGGUUUUAGGAGUUAGCCAAUCCCUUAUGGCUUUCACAUUCUCUUCAUCCACCUGUAUACCCUGAGAAGUCACAAAAAAAACCUAAAAAGACAAGGUUAUUUGUUCCAAAAGAGCACUUUUUAAAGUUAGCAAACAAUACUUCUUUCUCAGGACAUCUAAAACCUUUCCCAGGGAUUUCCACUCUGAUUUUGGUUGGAUCUACUCGGUGACAGAUUGAAAGAUGGGGUUUUCGAUGGAUACUGGUUUGAUGGUCGAAUUAGGGUUUAUGGAUGGUUGGGUUGAAGGAAUUUGAUAGAUUGAAACACUUAGUGUUGCGGAAAAGACAUCAGAUUCUUCACUCUUUCACUCUGGAUUUGACACACCAGUCAGAUUGAGAGCUUGUUGAUUUUUUUGGGUUCAAACACCUCACAAUCAAGUUGUUGAGAGGACAAAUGAAUCACCAAAAGAGAAAAGAUUUUUUGAUAAAAAUGAUGAUUAAGUUCCGAUCUGAAACAAAACAAAGUUUAAAAGGAAAGACAAGUCAACUUCGUGCAUGAGCACCUAGGGAACAUAAAAAGUCGUGCAUGAGUACUGAGGGAAAAGAAAAGAGUGGUUUAGGUGGUGGGUUUCCAAAGUGCCCACUUUGACGCUGCCAAAAUCCCUAUAGCUCCGAAUUGCUCAAGGCAUCUUUCUAAAGUGCCCACUUUAAAACCGUAGGUAGAAAAGUAGUGAAUUGAUUUGAUACUUCUAAGAGACCGAAAAGUGAUUGUAGGCGGUUGAGCUAGUCUUUCCUCGGUCCAGUAGCUGAUCCUCAAUAUCUAUGUUCUGAAUAAUGCACACCAUCUUCUGAAUACGUUUCUUGGACUUGGAUCUUGUAAUAGGUCCAACAUAGAUUGCAAAUGGAUCCUUCUUCUGGUUAUCUUCAGUUUGAGCCGAGAGAGACACAUCUUUGGUUUGGUUCUGGUCUAUAUCAUCUUCUUCAUAAUCACUUGACAGUUGCAUCCAUUCAGGCUCAUCAUCAGGUUCAUCUAGGGUUGGUUCAUCCUGGAUUGCAUCAAGGUUAUAUGAAUAUUUCACAAUCCUAAGAGAAAGACCACUUAUACUAUAAAUAUGAGGUUUGUAAUAGUAAAGAAAAUUGGCCAAUUCGUCCAACUUAAAAGUUCAUCGAUUCGACAACUACCAAGGCAACAAGAUAUACCCAAAAGAUCAUCUUCAGCGACAUGGUCAUAAUAGGCUGAUCUUCAUAAUUACUAUAAACCACAAAAAGGUAUCUACUCUUUAUAGCACGCCCACAAGUCUACUUAUUGGCUCAGGCCAUGACCUCCUUCACACAUGCAGGAAGACUCCAUGUUCAUGAAACAUACUAGUCUAUCAGCUCCAAGUCGGUUCAUGUCUAAAUUGUUAGAACCGUAAGCUAUUCCAUUUUUUUGAUAUAGUUUGGUUUGGGUAUAUUUAGUACCCACCCAAAAUGUAACAAAACUCCAUACUACAAAAAAGUCUACAUUGAUAGCAUAUUGUUAUAACACAUUUUACUGAACUGCUAUCGUAGAUGAUUUAGAAAAUUUUAAACUAUAUCUAAACUCCAAACCCUAUUCUCCAAACCCCAAAUAUACUUCAAACCAUAUGUAUUGUACCAUAAAUUAUAAAGCUACGCAGUAAAACUAAUAUUUUCCAACUUAAACACCAAAUCUUAACACAUAAGUUACAAAUCCAAUUUUUCAAAUUUUAUUCUCAAUUUUCACUCUAAAUCCCAAACCCCAUAAUCCAAACCUUAUAUUAUAACACUAAAUUUAAUUAAUUAUAAACUCCAAAACAUAAAUUUUAUAUUCGAAAAACUAAUCCCUAACACUAUAUUUUAAAGUUUUAUAUGUUUUUAAUCUGAUUUAUUUUGUCUUGGUAAAGGAGGUGGUCAUGAGCAAGAGGCGGUGGUCGUGAGCAGAGCUGGUGAUCGUGAGCAGAGGAGACAUCUCCUCCCAUCGUCAAAGGUCUCGAACUUGCCCCUGUCAUCACCGGUCUCGAACUUGUCCCGGUCGUCCAUCGAUGGUGCCGGAAAUAGAGACAGAAUAGAGGAAGACAUUGAGAAGAAAGCGGCAAAGGAGGAGGGAGGCGGCAGCAGAGAUAUUAGGUUUAGAGUUAAUUAGGGUUUGGUUAAUGAGGUUUAGAUUUUGGUUAAUUAGUUAUUGAUUUAAUGUUCUGGUUUACUUAGUUUUUUUUAAUUCUGGUUUAAUUUUAAUUGUAAAUUUAGGUUUAUUCAAUUUACAAAAAAUUGAUUUCAAUUAAUAAAUUUAAUUCAAUUUUAAUUUUAAAUUUGGAGUAAUUUUAAUUUUAAAUUUGGAGUAAUUUAACUUAUAUUUUAAUUCAAUUGUAUGUUACAUAUACAUUAAUAUAUGAUUUCUAUUGUAGAAAGACCUAUCAUAGCAUGGAAUAUGAAUCGUAAUUAAGCUAAUAACAUCAUCCAAGUAUUGCUAUCGUAUCAGUACAUAUAGUAGGGUCCAAAAAACUGUUAUCGUAUAUGGGGUACCUAAGAUGGCAUAUACUCGGGUAAGACCUAGAUUCGAACCGAGAUCGCAUAUACAAUACAGACCCGAACCCAAAGCAAACCUUUAUUUUCAUCGAUUUUGGUUUGGAUUUCCAGGUUCGGGUAAAAAUGUCGGUAUAAUUAGAAGUCCAGUUUGGAAUGAAACUCUGUUACGGUAAUAAAAAAUUCCUUACUAAAAAUUCAUAUAAAACACCCCCUUGGAUUUGUGGUCAUAUUGAAACAGUCAUAUUCAUACAUAUCUAUAGUAUAUAUUUUUAGAAAGAAAAAACAUAGUCAGAAAGUCAAAUGUGCAAAGAGAGGAAAGUCAAAUAGUACAUGUUUCAUUUUGGGAUCUUUUUCAUAAAAUUCAAUAAAAAUGGAAAAGUUUGCUUGACAGCUUGUACUAUUUCUUUGUAGUUACUCAAUUUUCUUUCAUUGUAAUCUACCAUAAAUCUCACAUUCCAUUUUUAUUACAUAAUACUAUGUACAUCAAUUAACAACCAAUUUUAAUAGAUUUCUUUUUGACACAUGUCAAAAUUUCAUGAUGACAAAAUCCAAUUUUUGUAAUAUAAAAAGCUUCAUUCUUCCUUGUAAUAAGACACAUCUUCUAGCUAGCAUACAUACAUCCCUGGCUUUCAUCCAAACGUCUACAAAAGUAAAUUUUCUAAUGUCUAUAGCCCAUAUAACCGAGGAUGGAGAUAAAGCUCUCUUUCUGCAGCAAGAAACUUCUGAAAUCAACUCUCCUCUUAAUGAAUUUCCGCCGAGUACUAAUGUUCUUGUUGUCGACGCCAAUCUCAGCACUUUACUUGAUAUGAAAGAAAUCAUGGAACGCUGCGCCUAUCAUGUGACGGCUUAUGCGGACGCGGAAGAAGCUAUUGCGUUUCUGACAAAGUGUAAACAUGAGAUUAAUAUUGUGAUUUGGGAUUAUCAUAUGCCUGGAAUUAAUGGACUCCAAGCUCUCGCAAUCAUUGGUUCAAAGAUGGAUCUUCCUGUAGUAAUUAUGUCUGGUGACGAUCAAACAGAAUCGGUGAUGAACGCAAUGGUACAUGGUGCAUGUCACUGUGUUAUGAAACCCGUUAGAAAAGAGAUCAUAGCCACCAUAUGGCAACACAUUGUACGCAAGAGGAUGAUGUCUAAACCCGGUUUAGUUCCACCUGUUGUGGUUCAUGGUGACUAUUCCAAGCAAGAGAAAGAUGAUUCCGUGACCGUAGACCAAGAUGAUAGUGAGGAGAGCAUCGAUAAGAUAGAAGAGAAAGCAACACAGAAACAGACAAUGAUAUGUAUAGAAGAAACUCAACCAAUGCAAUCACAUUUGGUUAAGAGUAACGGUUCAGACCAAGACGACGACGAUUCCAGGAGCGUAAGAAAUUACAACUAUGAACAAAGCAUCGACAAGAAAAAAGAGAGAGAUUUGAAGAGACCGCGGAUUUCGUGGACUGGAGAUCUUCAACAGAAAUUUCUCGAAGCCAUCGAUAUAGUUGGUGGGCCUAAAAAAGCUAGUCCAAAGGUACUUCUCAAAUGCUUGCAUGACAUGAAUAUCGAAGGACUCACUAGAAACAAUGUGUCCAGUCAUCUUCAGAAAUAUCGUCUUAGUCUUGAGGAGACCAAAAUUCCUCAACAGUUUCCAGAGACUGGUUGGUCUAGUUUGAGUAGACCUUCACCUUUCUUAGGUAUGAACAAUGGUUUCAUAGCACCAACGUCCCUUAGGAAUGGUCCAGCUGUUUACCCGGUCCAGGACAAUCAAUAUCAAAAUGGUUACUUGGCAAUAAACAACAACCAGUUCGUGACCAAUAAUAUGCAUGGUUUUCCCUACUCGGAAAAUGAUCACCAUCUCCAGCAGCAGCAUCAACAACGACAAUAUCAGCUUUCUAAUCAGAUGAUGAAUUACAUGAUGAGAAAUGAACCUCAACAAGCUUAUAAUAGCAUUGGUUUAACGGAUCUCGAACCAAAUAUUUAUCCAAGUCUGCCGUACUAUCCAAACGAGUUUCUAUUCGAUGGCUACAAUUUCAGUAACUGAUAUGAGCUUCUCUUUAAGACGGUCUUUGUAGGAGAUUAUUUGGUUUCUAGAAAAAUUCAAGAUUGUGAGGGAAUAAUCAAGUGACAUAAGGGAAAACUAGCAUGUCUUGUGCGUUGCAAGAAGUUUAGCUAUUAUUAUAUGAGACUAAUUACAAAGUAUCUGUUACUGGUAAUAUGUAUAUCAGUAAAUCAGGGUAUCAUAUGUAUGAAAUGCUUUUUUUUUAAUAAACUUUUGAUUUAUGAA